AGAACCACAUCAGCUGCAGCAAAGUCUGUCAGCUGGUUCUCCAGGCUCUUGGACUGUAGAACAAGUGACCGUUGUAGUUGAGGUUCGUAGAGGCGAUUCUGCCCUUUCCGCGAUUCGCGAAGAGAACCGAGACGUGCACGUUAUAUGAGUCGAGCUUCGCUAGCAACGACCGUAUCUAUCGCCAUUCGCAAAUCGUUGGCGAAAUAUCUCGGACGACGCAUGUCCUGAUUAUGUAAAGAGUUCAGGACAAGUCGCGUGCUCUCGUGGCAGCCUUGUAGAGCAGCAACGAUGACGAGGAAUACACGUCUUAGAAGCGUCAGGGUCUGAGUGGCUAACUCGGCUUAGCUCGUAAAGCUUACCAGGCGCACGGUUGGAUCUGUGGGUUAUUAGUCUGGUUUGUGGAGGACCAGCUACAAUGUCUUUCUUCUCGCGGCUUAUAAAGGGGUCGCGUGUAUCGGAGGAUCUGGACCAGGAGUACCCCGUUAGGAAGGAUGUUGAUGUCAGCCAAGUCAGCAAGUUCCGUCCGCGGGUGAAGAAGCGGCUGUCAAAGGAGAGGUGGGAGGCGUGUCUGGACGAGUUCGGCCGGGUGUGGGCCAUAGAUGCGGCGCUCAAGCACAUACAGCGAGGGGGCAUAGAGCCGAGCAUUCGAUCGGAGGUGUGGCCGUUUCUCCUGGGGCUCUUCUCGCCCAACAGCACGUACGACGAGAGGGACGCCAUGCGGGAAGCCCGCAGGGUGGGGGAGGAGCGCAUCCGCAAGUGGCGGCUGGGGCUGCACCAGAUAGGCGUGGACGUGCAGAGGGCGGACCGCACGCUGGUGUUCUACGAGGAGGAGGGCAACAGGUCGAGACUCAUGGAGGUGCUGGCGGUUUAUUCAUGGUUCGACCCGGAAGUGGGGUACUGCCAAGGCAUGAGUGACCUCAUGUCGCCUUUCAUCGUCACCUUCCCCAACAACGCCGAUGCCUUCUGGUGCUUUGAGCGCCUCAUGCGCCCCAUUCGGAGCGACUUCAUGGGCACAUCGGCCAGCAUCGGCGUGCAGAAGGAGAUUGACAACCUCAAGAAUAUCACUAGAGUGCUCGACCCGGAGCUCUACGCUCACCUAGACGAGAUCGGCGCGGGCUCCAUGUUCUUCACGGUGCGGCCCAUCAUGGCCAUGUUCCGGCGGGAGCUGUCCUUUGCCGACUCCAUCUACUUCUGGGAGAUGAUGUGGUCAUGGGAUUAUGAUGCCAGGGACGCUGACUUAUUGGCCAUGGCGGACCAGUCCGUGCUGCACCACACCAUGCACCUCUCGCACUCCGUCCUCUCCCCCCACGCCCUCGACCAAGCCUCUUUUGCCGCCGCCACCACCGCCGCUGCCGAAGCUGCCGCUGCUGUCACCUCCUCCGAGGGCUCUGGGGUCGUUGGCAUGCCGUCCGAUGCUGCCAAGGCUGCUGCCAGCGCUGCUGCCGCUGCUGUGGUGACUAGGGCUGGGGGGGGAGGAGGAGGAGCAGGAUGGGGGGAAAGGGAAGGGAGGAGGAGGAGGAAAGAGUGGGGGAGGAGAGGGAGUGGGGGAAGGCAAGCCGCCCAUCUCUCCAACAGGGAGUGGGAAAAAGUCUCCCAAGGGGAAGGGCGGAGGGGAUGGUACAGAUACGCAUAUGGAGGAUGCUCAUACGGAGGAUGUGGGGGGGAAGAGUCCUUUGAGACAAG